GGCUUUUGUGUUUUUCUCUCUCAACUAGCUCAUCCACCCUGUACUUUUACCACUCUUUUUUAAUAUGGCCACUGACUGCACAGCACCAGUCGAUGACUACGGCGGCCGACUGGACGCGAUUCGGCACACAGACUACCCACAGCUUUUCUCUGACGGCACUCUGCGGACUGUGUACCUGGACCAUGCCGGCUCAACACUCUGCUCUGCGUCGCACGUGCGGAACCACACCAACAUGCUUCUGACAAACAUCCCCGCCAACCCGCACUCGCGGCAUGAGAGCUCGCAAUGGACGCACGCAAGGAAUCGAGCAGGCGCGCGCCCGCCUUCUGCAAAGAGCUAUGCGGUGGUGUUCACUGCCAAUGCGACCGCAGCAAUCAAGCUAGCGGGCGAGCUGGCACCCAUGGACGACAAGGGCAUUUUUUGCUACACACAGGAAUCGCACACCAGCGUUGUCGGUGUGCGCAAGCUGGCUAGUAACAGGGGCAUCGGCAUUGUUCCAGCCUCAAUACUGGCACCAGAGAAUACAAAGGGCACGAGUCUGCUGGCAUACCCAGCACAGUGCAACUUUUCAGGCCAGCGAUUCCCGCUGACGAGGGACGGCUCGGACGCGCAUGCGCCGUGUUCGCCGCUCGCGCUCGACGACCUACCCAGCGGUCCAGACUUUAUCUUUGGCAUGCCCACUGGGCUCGGAGCUCUGCUGAUUAAGCGAUCGUCGAUUCCGUUCCUGCGCCCCAAGCAGUACUUUGGUGGAGGAACCAUCGGCUUUGAGGAAUUCCGCGCUGACGCCGAGGCCCGCUACGAGGAUGGAACGCUAAACUACAUCGACAUUCUCUCGGUCAACCAUGCCAUUGACGCAUACACAGCAAACUUUGGCUCGCCAGCAGCCGUGUCUAGACAUGCCCAAUCGGCCACACAGGGGCUAACGCACUCGAAUGGCAUACCAAUUGGCCAGCAAGGGCCCAUCGUUGCCUUCAACAUGAAGGACCCAAAAAACGACUACAUCGGAUACUCUGAAGUUGAGCGCCUCGCAGUGCUAUUCUGCAACCCAGGCGCUGCGCAGAAAUGGCUCAAUCUGUCAUCAUCCGACCUGAUCCGGUAUGCAUCGCUUGGAGUCGUGUGCGGAGACGACAACGACGUUAUUGAAGGCAAGGCUGUGGGCGCCUUGCGCAUUUCGUUCGGCGCUAUGACUAGCCAGGAAGACAUCGACAUGUUUGUGGGCUUCCUGACAGUCAACGCAGCGGCUUCAGCAGGGAUUUCUGUGGACUCUGACGCCGAAACCAGGUUGCAAGCAGCAGCCUGUGUCGAGGUAGACCAGCUCAUUGUGUAUCCAGUGAAGUCGUGCCAUGGGUACACUGUGCCUGUCAACACGCCAUGGGAUGUAACCCCGCAUGGGCUGCGGUUUGACAGUACGAUUCCGAUGCAGCAGAAGCGGUACCCGCGCAUGGCACUGAUCCGCCCCCAGAUUGACACGCAGAACGGCGCACUCGUACUGCACGCCAAGGGAUUCAGCCCACUCGAGCUCGACCUGGAGCACAUCGAGUCGCGCGUAUCUCGCCCGGCAGUCUCUGGCUGGCUGUCUUCGGUCCUCUCAGUCCCCUGCUACCUUGCCUGUGAGCCCACUCUGCUCAUAUCUGGGAUGGCUGACGGCUCCACUGUACUGCACAGCCUGGAGCGCCGCGACUCUGCGUGCUUUGCGCGGACACGGCGCGGCGACCUAUCGUUUGCCAACGAAUCGCAGAUCCUGCUGGUCACCCGUGAGAGCGCGCAGCAGGUCGAAGACUGGGUGCUUGAAGAAUCCGACCUCGAGAAUGCAAAGAGCAGGUUUGGUCCUACACAGUACCGGCCCAAUAUCGUUGGUCAAACCGCGCGGAUUGCGCCAUUUGAAGAACUCAAAUGGUCGCAGGUGUCGAUUGCAAAGAAAAAAUUCCAAGUUUCGGGUCCAUGCCGCCGAUGCCAGAUGAUUGGCGUCAACCAAGAGUCAGCACAAGUAUUGAAGGAACCGUACGCAACGCUGGCGCGCAAAAUGCGCAUCAACGGCAAGGUCGUGUUUGGCAUCUACCUUGAUUCGCUGGCCGGCGACACUACGGCAGCGGCAAUCACGGCCGGGUCUUUGAUCCGCAUAGACUAGGUUUUAUGUAGUUGUAAUGAAUGUCGGAAA